AUGAAUUUGAAAUCGAAUCUUUUCUUCUUGAUUGUUCUAUUUAUUUCGGCCAUAAUUCCACUCAACGAAGCCUAUCCGAGAUCAACUCGCGACCGUGUCUUCUCAAAAUACACUCGACACUGUCUUUUCACUCAUUUCAAUUGUUUUCGCUCGGUGAAUGCAAAUUUGAAAUACCUGACUCAAUGGGAGAACUGCUUCCUCGGCGCCAUUCAACACCCUAUUUGUCGAUCAACAGCCCCUGCCGAUACUUGGUGGGCGGGUGAGAGCGCGCGGCGUUUCGGAAUCAAUCGAGCAGCAAUCAAUUGUGUCAACUCGUGUGAUUAUGCAAAUAUUGACCCCCGAGAGCAGCCGAGCAUUUGGCUGAACAUCACAAGAUUGAUGAGACCGGCACUCAUCUGUUUAAGAUUCCUGACUACUGGGAUAUGGUUAUUGAUGGAGUUGUGUCAAAUGGCCACCAAUGUUACAUUGUUAAAAGAAGAGCCCUUGGGAGAUCAAGCCAAAGAACAAUUGGAAACUCUUGAGGUCGAGCCUACCGCUAAGCAACUUGACAUGACACGCUUCAGGGUGAAGAAAAUCGAGGGACUCGAGUUCUUGGAACAGUUGGAGUAUUUGUGCCUCCGUUGGAAUUUGAUCAAACGCAUCGAGAAUCUACACAUGCUCACCACUCUCACCGAACUCGACCUAUACGACAAUCAAAUUGAAAAGAUCGAGGGACUUGAGACUUUGGUCAAUCUGCAUACUCUGGAUUUGUCUUUCAAUCGGAUUCAAAAAAUUGAAGGUCUCAAGACUUUGGUCAAUCUCCACACUCUUUACCUUGUUCACAACAAACUAUCAAAGAUUGAAGGUCUUGAAAAUUUGGAAGCACUUGAGUACCUUGAAUUGGGAGACAAUCGCAUUAAAAAGAUCGAGAAUCUCGACAACAAUGUCAACAUUCGGCGUCUCUUCCUUGGCGCUAAUCAGAUUCGAAAGGUUGAGAACAUUGGCCAAUUACAAAAGCUUGACGUGCUUUCAAUGCCUGCAAAUAUCAUUUUAAAGAUUGAGGGUUUGGACGAGCUUCCUCAUUUGAAAGAGCUUUACUUCUCGCAAAACGGCAUUCAGUGCAUCGAAGGUCUCGAAAAGCUUCAAGAUCUCGAGAUUCUUGAUCUCAAUCAUAACAGGCUCAAAGAAGCUCGAGGAUUUGCUCAUCUCCAAAAACUUACCGACUUCUGGGCAAAGAUGAACAAGCUUGAAGAUUGGUCGGUUGUGGAUGAAGAGUUGGUGCAUUUGCCAAACCUCCGCCUCGUUUACCUCGAAGAAAAUCCAUUCUCCAAAGAUAAAAAUUACCGUGCUCGUGCCAUUCAAUCUCUUUCUACAAUCACUCGACUCGAUUCGGACUUUUGUCGCAAGGAAUCGGAUGUCGUCAAGAUU